AUGUUAGUCACGGCCUUCCUGAUUCUGGGCUACGCGGCGGCCGACGCUGCUGCUAAAUGGGAUGGCACACGCUUUGCCUGGUACACGACCGACGCGGGAGAUGAUUUCAAGAGCACGCUGCCCAUCGGAAACGGAAGGCUGGCAGCUGCCGUGUACGGCACGGGCACCGAAAAGCUGGUCCUGAACGAGAACUCGGUCUGGAGCGGGCCGUGGCUAGACCGGGCCAACCCGAACUCCAAGGAUGCGGUCCCCAAGAUCCGGGAGAUGUUAAUCUCCGGGAAUAUCACCGGUGCCGGCCAGGCCGCGCUAGACAACAUGGCAGGCAACCCGAUCUCGCCGAGGGCGUACCAUCCGCUUGUGAACUUGGGCAUCGACUUCGGCCACGGCUCCGGAAUCUCGGACUACACCCGCUGGCUCGACACCUUCCAGGGCACGGCAGCCGUCAACUACACGUACCACGGGACCAGCUACAGCCGCGAGUACGUCGCCAGCUAUCCACACGGCGUCCUCGCUUUCCGUCUGAGCGCCGACCAGCCGGGCAAGCUGAACGCCAACUUCUCCCUCUCCCGCAGCCAGUGGGUUCUCUCGCGGAGAGCUAGCGUCAGCGACGGCGAGGGUGGGCAUACGGUCGCCCUGAGUGCUGAUAGCGGGCAGCCUUCGGAUGCCAUCACCUUCUGGUCUGAAGCCAGGAUCGUGAACUCGGGAGGCAAUGCCACCUCGGACGGCACCACCGUCUUCAUCACGGGCGCGGACACGGUCGACGUCUUCUUCGACGCCGAGACGUCGUACCGGCAUCCCGACGCAGACGCGGCUCAGAGGGAGCUGAAACGGAAGCUGGACGCCGCCGUGGCUGCGGGCUACCCGGCAGUCCGCGACGGCGCCGUCGAGGACUUCAGCAGCCUCAUGGGCCGCGUGAGGCUCGAUCUCGGGUCGUCGGGCAGCGCGGGGGAGCAACCGGUGCCGACGCGCCUGAGCAACUUCAGGCAAGACCCCGACGCGGACCCCGAGCUGAUGACGCUCGUGUUCAACUUUGGCCGCCACCUCCUGGCCGCGUCGUCCCGCGACACGGGGCCGCGCUCGCUGCCGGCCAACCUGCAGGGCAUCUGGAACGACGACUACGACCCCCCCUGGCAGAGCAAGUACACCAUCAACAUCAACAUCGAGAUGAACUACUGGCCCGCCCUGGUCACCAACCUGGCCGAGACGCACAAGCCCCUGUUCGACCUGAUCGACAUGGCCAUCCCGCGCGGCCGGGACGUGGCCAGGACCAUGUACGGGUGCGAGCGAGGGUUCGUGCUGCACCACAACACCGACCUCUGGGGCGACGCGGCCCCGGUCGACCGGGGCACCCCCUACACCGUCUGGCCCAUGGGCGCCGCCUGGCUGGCGACCCACGCGAUGGAGCACUACCGCUUCACCCGGAACCGGACCUUCCUCGCCGAGGUCGCCUGGCCCGUCCUGCGCGAGACGGCCCGGUUCUACCACUGCUACCUCUUCGAGUGGGACUCGUACUGGACCACCGGCCCCUCCCUCUCGCCCGAGCACUCCUUCAUCGUGCCCCCGGGCAUGACCACCGCCGGCGCGGCCGAGGGGCUCGACAUCAGCCCGGAGAUGGACAACCAGCUGCUGCACCAGCUCUUUACCGACGUGACCGAGGCCUGCGCCCGUCUUGGUCUUUUCUCCUCCUCUUCUUCCGACGACGACGACGACGACGCCGAGACGUGUACCACCACGGCCGAGACCUACCUGCCCCGCAUCCGCCCGCCGGCCGUGCACCCGACAACCGGCCGGAUCCAGGAGUGGCGCUCGCCCGAGUACGCCGACACGGAGCCGGGCCACCGGCACUUCUCGCCGCUGUGGGGGCUGUACCCGGGGCGACAGCUGCUACUGACCCGCGCGGGAUCGGGAUCGGGUUCGUCGGCCUCGGGCAGUGACUCAGCCUCAGCGAACCUGACUACCGCCGCCGCCGCGGCGCUGCUGGACCACCGGAUGGAGUCCGGGUCCGGGUCGACGGGCUGGUCGCGCGCGUGGGCGGCGGCGCUGUACGCGCGGGUGCCCGGGCGGGGGCGCGACGCGUGGCGGCACGCGCGGCAGCUCGUCGCCACGUUCCUGCUGGGCAACCUGUGGAACUCGGACAGCGGCGGCGACUCGGUCUUCCAGAUCGACGGCAACUUCGGCUUCGUCGCCGCGCUGGCCGAGAUGCUGCUGCAGAGCCACGAGACCGCGCCGGCGUCAAUGCGCGGUUCGCCGGGUAAUAAUAAUAGACGGACGGGCGUCCGCCAAGGAGAGCAGCAGCAGCAGGAGGAGGAGGAGGAGAAAGAGGUGUUUGUGGUUCAUCUGCUGCCUGCGCUGCCGGGCGACGAGGUGCCGGACGGGCGGGUCGACGGGCUGGUCGCCAGGGGAGGGUUCGUGGUGCGGGAGCUCGUCUGGGCGGGCGGCAAGUUUGCGAGGGCGAGCGUGCUGGCGCAGAACGGCGUUUCCAAGACAACUGCCUUUUGGAACUGA